AUGUCAAGGAUCUUAGUUUCGAGAUUGGCGUUGGUUUUAAAGGGUGGUACGGAGGGUUUGACGUUGCCGGCACGAGCUUCUGGGGGGACCUGCAGCGCGCGUGUCCGCGCUGCACGUUCUACCACGAGGAGGAGGAUCCGGACAUCAUCCUCGCGUCCGUCUACCACAAUCCGAAAUCGAUCGAGAAAAAAGGGGCUAUUUUCCUUUUGUUCACCCCAGAGGUGGUCACCCCAGCCAUGCGUCGAGCCGUCCGCGCCGUUCGCGAACUUCGGCGCCUUGCGUGCGUGGUGGCGGCGAGCGCGGACUCACAAAUGGUUUGCCGUGCGCCCUACUCAAGGAACUAUAUCUGCGCAGGCACUGGAGUGGACAAUGUACGAAGACUGGAAGCGCGAACUGUUCUCCCUGCCCGCGGAGGAGACGAUGGUCGACUUCGCCUUCGGGUACCUGCCUGGCGCCCAGCGAGCCAAGCUGCUCCUUGCCGCGACCUACACCUUCGUGCAGCACCACCGUCCGAUCAUGGCGCACUCCCCGGAGUGGCUCGGUGGGGCGCUGAACGAGCUGGACUACGUGGACCGCCACUCGCGGCCCGACGCGGGCCUGAUCGACGGCCGGACGGGCCAGGUGGCGCUCGUGUCGCGCUCGGACUACAAGAAAUUCCGCGCGGCGCUCGUCAAGCACCUCGGCAAGGUCGCGCGCGUCGACUGCCCGUCGCGCGUUGGGAAGAACAUGCCCAGUCUCGACGAGCAGGGCCUCAGCAAGAUCGACUUCUUCCGCAAGUACCUCUUCUGCGCCGUCCCCGAGAACAUCCAGAGCCCCGGCUACGUCUCCGAGAAGCUCUUCGACGCCGCGCUGGCCGGGUGCAUCCCCAUCUACGCCGGCGACGUGCCCCCGGAGCCGCACGUGUUCAACCCCGACCGCAUCAUAUUUGCACGGACGAUGGACAAACACGGGGCCGAGGACGUCGCGGCCCAAGUCGAGGCCCUCCUGAACGACCGCGAGGCUCUGGAGGCGAAGUUCGCGCUGCCGAUCUUCCGCCCCGGCGCCUCCCGGGCCCUCACGGCCAUGUCGCAAGACACACACAUGAUCUUUGACGCCGCCGUGCGGCUCGUGCUGCUCCGGAAGCUCGAGCAGGCGUACGCACACUGA